CACUCACCACCAAAUCCAUUACAAACUCUCUCCAAUCGUCCGCACCGUUGAAAACCGCGUUCCCCAAUGCUAUCGUGCGCCUUUCUCCGGAAGUAAACGUCUAACCCAUUCUACGCUCGCACUACAAAGUAAAUAAAUCGAUCAAUCAAAUUAUACAACUCUACUCGGUUUCAGUUUGAUUUAACAAAAGAAUAUGGGUGGAGGUGGAGCGCAGUCGCAGCAGGCGGAUCCGACGGAGGAGCAGUAUGUGAAGGCCAAGGUUUCGGUGUGGUGGGACAUCGAGAAUUGCCAGGUGCCGAAGAACUGCGAUCCACACGGGAUUGCGCAGAAUAUAAGUUCGGCUCUUGUAAAGAUAAACUACUGUGGGCCUCUUUCAAUAUCAGCGUAUGGUGAUACCACCAAAAUAUCCCCCGCCGUUCAGCAGGCGCUUAAUAGUACCGGUAUCGGCCUCAAUCACGUCCCUGCAGGUGUUAAAGAUGCUAGUGACAAGAAGAUUUUGGUGGAUAUGUUAUUUUGGGCUGUAGACAAUCCUGCACCCGCUAAUUUUAUGUUAAUUUCUGGAGACCGAGAUUUUUCAAAUGCUCUUCACCAGUUACGCAUGCGUCGAUAUAACAUUCUUCUAGCUCAACCUCAAAAUGUGUCAGCACCGCUUCUUGCUGCUGCAAAGAGUGUAUGGCUCUGGACAAGUCUAUUGGCUGGAGGGCCACCACUUACAAAUGGUGAUUCUGCUCAGUUUCUAAAUAAUGGUUACGAUUUCUCUGGCUCUGACUCAGACUCAUUACAAGUUCCAGUUACUAGUUCUGUUAAUGCAAAGCAGCCUGUGGAUUCUUUUCAUGAAAGUCCCCAAUUGGGAAAUCAAAAGUUCUCUAGUAUGGGAAGAGGGACUGGCAUAAAACAUAAAGGAAAACAGAUUCGUAAAAACACAUAUCAACCUGAUAUAUCAAGAAGUGCCACAGGGAUUGAAGAAGAUCAUAACAAGGCCAACUUCCGUGAAGCGACAUAUGGUCACCCAAUGCAGUUGAAUGAUUCCCAGGAUUUUUCCGGUUCUUAUAAUCCUAAAGUUCCUUUAAGUGGACCGGGACCCAUUCCUAAUUUUACUUCUGGUAAUCCUGAUUUUUCUUGGAGUAACAGCAAUCACGCACACAGUUUGUAUCAAAACCACUAUCCUCAGCCGCCAACUAGUUUGCCAUCAACUAAUCAGCAUUUGCUGCCUCAUUUAGCACCCCGCAGACCUGAUGCAUCCAGCUUUACUUCAGGUCCUCCAACAUAUAUACCUGAUAUUGGUAAUUUAAACAUUUCUGAAUGCCCCAGAAAUGAUCACAAUCCUCCUUCGCAACAAUGGAAUGGAGGAGAGAGAAGACCAACUUCUAUGGAGUCUGCCAACCAUGUAAACGGAAACAGUCCCCACAAAGGAUAUAAUGCGCAAAGGAACCCUCCAUUUUAUCAGGAGGUACAGACCAACGGGUACCCACAUGGCAGUCAAGAAUUUCUGCCACCGUCUUUUGGAAUGGGAACCACUAGUGUGUCUGGUAAUGGUCUAUGGGGGACACCAGGAUGCCCACAACCUUCUGACAAUAUUCAAGGCCUUAUUGGGGUCAUUCUGCUUGCUCUGAACACACUUAAAAAUGAGAAGAUUAUGCCGACAGAGGAAAACAUUGCUGAUUGCAUUAGAUAUGGAGACCCCCGACAUCGUAAUACUGAUGUUAAGAGGGCUAUAGCGAGUGCCGUUGAGCAGAAAAUGGUAGUGCAGCGGAAGUUAGGAUCUUUGCAGUUGUAUGUUAGAAAGAAUGAGAAACUAUGGCAAUGUGUGAACCCAAUGGCUGGUAACGCAAAGCAGUACCCAAAGGUGAUGUGGGACGAAAUCCAGAAAUUUCUAUCAUCUGCUGCUGGACGAUCUGCAAUACUUGGUACUCAGUGCAGGUACGAGGCAGCUACAGUAAUGAAAAAGAUGUGCUUAAAAGAGCUUGCGUUGGGUGAAAUACUGCAGAUUUUGCACAUGGUAAUAAACAUGAAAAAGUGGAUAAUACAUAAUUAUCAGUCAGGAUGGCAACCAAUUAAGGUCACUCUUACAGAGUCCAACCCUGAUUCAGGGUGGGCAUUUACUCAAUAAGCUCCCAAAGAACUAGGUAUGAAGGGUAGAAGGGCUUGUAGAUAGUUGUCAAUUUGCUGCAUGCUCCGCAAAGUGGUUUAAAAUUGAGCACUGGUUAUAAUUGGCAUGGCCCGUUCUUCCCUUUGAAUAUUUGGCAGCAGAGUAAAUAGCUCUGUUGACAUUGAGAGGAUGGUGGUGUAUUUAGCUUGGGACAAUAUUUUUAGUAGCAGCAAUUAUCAUUUUUAGCUUUUUUUCUUGGAAAUCCAUGAAGUACGGCUUGGCAAGAGAUUGGGGUUGAAAAAACCACUGAAGCUUUAGAGUUGUAAAACUGCCAUUGGUUAUGGCAUACAAAGAUCAACAUUAUAGGAAGAUAUGGUACUUGUUAUCUGGUAAGCCAGCUAUAAUUAAAUGUUGAAAUUCCCUGGAAAUUGCUUAAUAUGGCUCUUCGGUGAUUGAAGCUAUUAAAGAGAGACACUUUGGAGAGUCGCAGCUUCUUUGCUUAAUUCUUUAUGUGCUCCUUCUAUUGAGCAUAUUGAUGGAUUAACUUUUUGGAAAACUAUUUUAGGAAUAUAAUAGAUGCUUUCCUAAUUCAUGAUAUGAAUCUUCAAGCUCGUCAGUCAUGAGGAAAACCAGGAAGUUCAUAUUUUGUGCAAGUCAGGCAAGAAAUACGUGUGUGAUGAUUUGGAGCAAUAAUUUUGGGCAAUACGGUGAAUGUAGAAUAUGGCAGAGU